CGUGGCCUCGUGAAUGCAAACAUUAUCGCCACAUAUCACAGUCUUGUUGGAUUUGUGACGUGUCGCUAGUCGCGUCGACUACUCAUGAGUCUUAUAAGAUGGAAGCAGCGAGGGGCAGUUUGAAAGUAACCCUCCAUAUCAAUGUCUCAUCCAAUCCUGUCAGAAUUCGACAUCGUUUUUGCUGGAGGUGGCACUACAGCUUGUGUUGUCGCAGGUCGCUUAGCCGCAUAUGAUCCCUCUCUCAGGAUCUUGAUCCUGGAAGCGGGUCAACACAGCCUCAAUAAAUCUAUUCAUGUCCAACCCUCUCAAGCUUACUUAAACCAAGCACCGACGAGCACUACGGUCACAUUCAACAUCGGAAAUCCAUCUUCUCGUCUGAAUGGUCGUGCGCCGAUCGUUCCUUCCGGUCGUUGCAUUGGUGGAGGUUCUUGUGUGAAUUUUAUGGUAUACGCCCGUGCACCUGCUUCGGACUAUGAUGAUUGGGGAGUCGAUGGCUGGGAAUCUGAAAAAUUGAUUCCCCUCAUGAAGAAGCUGGAGACAUAUGAGGUGCAGCCCGAUUGUCCAACCCACGGCUAUGACGGACCUAUCGAAGUGUCAUCUAGUGGGUGUAAAAUGGGUAUCUCCAAAGAGUUCAUCCAGGUUGGCACGACCUAUCACAAGAGGCACUAUGCCGACGAUACCGAAGAUUUGGAAAAAUGCAAUACAUACAGUCCGUCUCAGAAGUACAUUGAUGGGUCAACCGGAAGGCGUUCUGAUGCGGCUCACCAAUAUGUCUACAACCAAGCUCACAACCCGAAUUUACACGUCUGGGACGGAAAGCGCGUGAAGCGGGUCAUCUUCGAGGACAAACGUGCUGUGGGUGUCGAGUUCACCAGCGAUCUAGUGUCUUGCCCGGAUGCGAAUCAGUCGUCAAGUAUUGUAAGAGCAUCAAAACUUGUUGUUGUCUCUGCUGGGGCGUUCGGUUCUCCGACCAUUCUGGAGAGGUCUGGGAUCGGUGCCGAGGCUAUCCUCAAGCGGUGCGGCAUCGACCAACUAGUGAAUUUACCUGGCGUCGGAGAAAAGUAUCGAGAUCACUAUCUCGUCCUUGUUCCAUACUUGGCUGCCGACGAGAUCAUUACCACUGAGGCCCUCUCUCGUGGGGACAGUAUUCUACAGGAAAGCCUUGCACAAAAGUUGGUACAAGUUCUCAUCAUCAUUGCUGGUAUCUUGCUGAAUGGAAUCUCAGUGGACAUCGAUUCGAAAAUCAAGUGGCGUCCUGAUGACGAAGAAUUGAAAGCCAUGAGUCCAGCCUUUCAACCACGCUGGAAGGAGUUCUUCCAGGACCGGCCUGACAAGGCUGUUGCAAUAUUUACUCCUUUUGCGCAAUAUCUUCCACCACUCUCAAGGCCGCUAUCGAGUAUACUACCUACUCGUAACUACAUGACUGCCUGUUAUUUUACACUUUACCCCGUGUCUGCUGGAAGCGUCCAUAUCAACGUGACAGAAGACGGCAAAGAACGAAUGGACUUCAAUACCGGCAUCCUAGAUGAUCCAUCCGAUAUUGUUCUUCUCAACUUCGGGUAUAAAAAAACACGCGAAAUUUUUCGACGCAUGGCUUCCUACCGAGGUGAAGUCGCUGCCGGCCAUCCUGAUUUCCCGCAGGGAAGCGCUGCAGCCUGUAGAGAAGCCUCCCGGCCAGUGGACUUGGAUGCGCCCGACAUUGUCUACACUGCCGAGGAUGACGAGGUGAUCGAUCGAUUCCUCCGCGACAUCGUGCAAACUCCAUGCCACUCGCUUGGGACCUGUGCCAUGAAACCGGAGGCAGAUCAUGGAGUCGUCGACGCUCGGCUUAAUGUAUACGGGGUGUCGAACCUGAAGGUUGCAGAUAUGUCCAUUUCGCCGUUGAAUGUUGGCGCGAACACUUGUUCGACGGCACUUCUCAUCGGAGAGCGGGCUGCGAUGAUCAUCGCUGAAGACUUGGGUAUCAGUUGCAUUUGAUAUGUAUCCUCGGAUGGGUCUUUGAUUCUAUAGCGAGUACUUUUAUAAUGCAAUGAUACUCGACCAGCACUGGCAGUGGUUACUCCUUUUUUUUAAUUCCAAUUUCUGUCCCUUGUGUACUUAGACUAUUAACGCUCCUUACUUCACGACGUGCUUAUAUAAGCGCUGUGAGAAC